AACGACGACACCGCCAACGACUCUACCUCACACACCAUCCGUGACCCCAUACAACCGUCAAGAUGGUCAACGUUCCCAAGACGAGGCGGACUUACUGCAAGGGCAAGGGCUGCAAGAAGCACACCCAGCACCGUGUCACCCAGUACAAGGCUGGCAAGGCCUCCCUGUUCGCCCAGGGUAAGCGUCGUUAUGACCGUAAGCAGUCCGGUUACGGUGGUCAGACCAAGCCUGUCUUCCACAAGAAGGCCAAGACCACCAAGAAGGUCGUCCUGAGGUUGGAAUGCACCGUCUGCAAGACGAAGGCUCAGCUCGCCCUCAAGCGCUGCAAGCACUUCGAGCUUGGUGGUGACAAGAAGACCAAGGGUGCUGCCCUUGUCUUCUAAGCGUUUCCUUUCCGUUUGCAUGUCCUCAGCAUGGUUUCAUGUGGUGCAUUUGGGGGAACUUCUUCGGCUUAUGAGGGAUGGAGUGUGCUGGCCAACAUGGUUCGGACGUUUUUCGCGGUUCAGAGGACCGCUCAUGGUACAAAAUAAAUCCACAAUGCGACUGGGUUGAGGCUUGCAAAUAUCGUCCAUGAUAUAUUAUGUGUGCAUCUUAACCGCACAGAGCGAGACCACUUUUCCCCGGCUUGUGGCUCGGAAACAAACAAACCCCUCACGUCGC